UCGUGACCUGAGCCGAAGUCAGACGCUUAACUGACUGAGCCACCCCGGCGCCCCUGUCAUAUCUGCUUCUAAGAUGUAUCUGGAGUCCGUUCACAUCUUUGCGGCCACUGCCGCCACUCAGGCUGAGCCACGACCGCCUCUUGCCUGAACCGCUGUUAACAGCCUCCUAAUCUCUUUACUUCAACCCUUGCCUUUGACUGGUCUGUUCGGGACAAAUCAGACUUUGAAAAGUACAAAGCAAAUCAUGCUGCCUUCCUGCUUCAUUCUGUCCGCGGGUUUCCUGUCUCACGUUGGAUACCAUCCGGUUCCUUGCCAUAGUUUACGAGGCCUCUCUCGGAGCAAAUCUUACUCUACUCUCUCUGCAGCCCCCUUCCGGCCCCGCCUCCCACAGUUCCUCGACUGGCCCACCCGUGCCCGGGACUGCUUGGGGUUCCUCUGCCUGGAACUCUUCCCCGACUCUUCCCCGACUGUGUCCUUGGCGUCUCGUUGGUUUCGGCAAGACUGUCUGCUCCUCCGAGGUUUUCCACACAACCCUCUCUAGUUAGGAUCUUCCCCGCCUUGCUGGGUGCCACUACCCCACCCGUUACGCAGUCUGCAUAGACUCGUCACCGCUGAGCAUUAUUCAUUUUCCGCAUCAGGUUGUUAAUUCCACGAAGGCGCAGGCUACUCGGCCUCAUUUGUCGCUGGAUGUGACGUGUCACCAGUAUUUGGCACUUACUAGGCACUGAAUGCGUUUUAAGUAUCAUCUUUACCCUGACUUUCUCUUCUCUUUUUUUGCUUUUAUUUUCCCUUUAAUCCUCUUUGGGUUGUAAUGAGAGAGAAACUCCUAACCCCCGGGAUCAACCCCUGGCCAGCUCUGUCCUUGCCCCCGCCUCCCCGGCUUGUACUGUGUGUCAUGGGUAAAAGAAGCAUCUAUUGGUGGUCUCUUCCCAGGGAAAAUGGGGCUUCACCCCAGAAUGCCAGAUAGGUCAUGGGCCGUCUAAGAGGAAAGCCCGAGAGCCCUUGUGGAGCCCUUCUGGAUCCUUCUGGAUCCUUCUGGGUCCAAGUUGUUCUGCCUAGUAAUGUCAACAGCUUAUUUUCACUCACUGAGGGCGGUGCUUCCUUGGAGAGAGUAAUAUGAUGCUGAGUGAGUUUUUUUCCCUCCCUCUGGUGGGGGCUCGACUCAACAAAACUGGGGCUUUGACUUCUAGGGAGGAAGGACGAGGUUUGGAGAUCUGAUUGCGGGAGGUGCUGGGGUCCUAUGUGUGCACAGGGUCCCGGAGGAGGGAGAGGAGCAGUAGGGGGUGCUCCGGGAGGAAGGGGGCCCUGGCUCUUUCCCCUUCCUCUGGAUCUCUGACCGUUGAGAGGGUGGUACACAGAACAUCUUCACUCACUCUUGGGUACAGCUGCCAUAUUCCCUGGCGUGGUGCCUUUGGCCUUUCGUGUUUGCUGUUCCAUCCGGGGCUGGUAGAUAUCGGAGGGAUUUGGGUUCCUGACUGUGGCAGGACAGCCUGCUUUGGCCUCAAGUUUGGCGAUUCUCCCCAGGAGCUCUUUUCCUAUAGGUACCACAUGCCACGAUUUAUACACAAACAUGAUUUGCCUGAUUGUCGCAGUCUGGGCCUGGAACAGUUUUAAUUAAUGGGAAAAUGGUCCUCAAAACAGUGAUUAGACCUCUUCAGGUACAACAAGAUAAAAGCCUGAUAAUUUGGAUGGAGUACUCUUCUUAAAUGUCUAUUCUAUGCACAGCAGCCAAUGGGAAAGCCAGGCUCUCUCCCACCCGAUCCAAUGAGUAAUUAAGAGAGGGCUUUUUCUUCCUACCUCUCCCCGCCCUCCCCCUCCCCCUCCCCACUGAAGCUUAACAGGUUGGUGGUAUAAUUUGGAGACCUUAAGGGGUGUCAUGCUAGGAGCUUAGGCGAGAGCCAAAGCACCUUCUCCCCAGCUCCCCAGGCAUUGCCGGGCUGGGUUUGAAAAGCAGGCAGUGAGAGGAGGAAGGAGCUGGAAGCAGGCUCGAGGUAGGUCACGACGCUCCGCGGCCAAGUUUGAGAGGGGCCUAUGGCCAUGAGCAAGCUGGGCGCCCAGAAGACCAGUGAUGGCACUGUUUCUCGGCUGCUCAACGUGGUAGAAAGUGAGCUUCAGGCAGGGAGGGAAAAAGGUGACCCUACGGAGAAGCAGCUUCAGAUCAUCCUGGAGGACGCGCCUCUCUGGCAGAGAUUCAAGGAAGUCACUAACGAAAUGAUCGUGACCAAGAAUGGCAGACGGAUGUUCCCCGUCCUCAAGAUCAGUGUCACGGGCCUGGACCCCAAUGCCAUGUACUCCCUCCUGCUGGACUUCGUCCCAACGGACAGUCACCGCUGGAAGUAUGUCAACGGGGAAUGGGUGCCCGCGGGCAAGCCAGAGGUCUCCAGCCACAGCUGCGUCUACAUCCACCCGGACUCCCCCAACUUUGGGGCCCACUGGAUGAAAGCUCCCAUCUCCUUCAGCAAAGUGAAACUGACAAACAAGCUCAAUGGAGGAGGGCAGAUAAUGUUGAAUUCUCUGCAUAAAUACGAACCUCAGGUUCACAUAGUGCGCGUCGGAGGUGCCCAUCGAAUGGUGAUGAACUGCUCCUUCCCAGAAACCCAGUUCAUAGCCGUGACCGCCUAUCAGAACGAGGAGAUAACAGCUCUCAAAAUCAAGUACAACCCUUUUGCCAAAGCCUUCUUGGAUGCCAAGGAGAGGAAUCACCUAAAAGACAUCCCGGAAGCUGUCUCUGAGAGCCAGCACGUGGCCUAUUCUCACUUGGGAGGCUGGAUCUUUUCCAAUCCUGACGGAGCGUGUGCAGCAGGAAACGCCAGUUACCAGUAUGCGACACCCUUGCCUCUGUCCGCAACCCACACCCACCAUGGCUAUGAGCACUAUCCCGGCCUCCGCGGUCACCGGCAGGCUCCCUAUCCUUCUGCCUACAUGCAUAGAAACCAUUCUCCCUCAGUGAAUUUGAUAGAAAGCUCCAGCAAUAACCUGCAAGUCUUCUCCGGAGCCGACAGCUGGACUUCCUUAUCUUCCACACCCCACGCCAGCAUCCUGUCUGUACCCCACACCAGCGGGCCGAUCAAUCCAGGGCCCAGCCCCUACCCGUGCCUGUGGACCAUCAGUAACAGCGGCGGGGGCCCCGCCGGGCCGGGCCCAGACGUGCACGCCAGCUCCCCGGGGACGUUUCUCCUGGGGAGCCCGGCCGUGACUUCGCCCCUCUCUGCCCAGGCACCCGCUUCGGCCGGCGUGGAGGUUCUGGGGGAGCCUUCGCUGACCAGCAUCGCCGUGUCCACCUGGACGGCGGUGGCCUCGCAUCCCUUCUCGGGCUGGGGUGGCCCGGGUGGGGGAGGGCGCCAUUCUCCCUCUUCACUGGAUGGUUAGGCAGGAUCCUAGGGAGGGUGUCGGCGGAGAACCUUCUAUGCGUAGAGCUUUUAGAAACCCCACCUGCGGAUCCCAGGAAGUUAGACUGCGGGGUCGCCUCGCCCAGUGAGCUGGGGGGGGGGGGUGGGUGGCUUACGGGAGAUGAUUUAGUCUGAUGAGGCUCCCUGGUGUCUCUUUGCACUCCCGUUUCUCUCUGCAGCUCAUCUGCGACCCGCUUAGGUAACCAAAGCUCACCGAGCACCUCCCUCAGCCCUGCCCCUCACUUCCAUAAUGGUUCCAGAAGGCCCCACUUCCUGUUCUGUCUGAGCUCACCUGGCCUGAGGCUUUCCAGCCUUGUGCCGCCCUGUGAAGCAUCUGUGGCCACCGGGCGUCUGCUCUGAGGCCAAGGGAGGGCGUAAGGCCACCGAGUGACGUGAACGCGCAGAGAGCUAGUCACGGUUGACUCACAGCUCCGUGCCUGGGAUGGAGCAGAUGAGACUGUGACCUUCCCUUGCUCAGAAACCGUCCAUGGCUCCCCGUUGCCUACAGCACGAAGUCCUACCUCCUGGCCGGAAGGACACCGUCGACCGUCGAGCCUCAAGCUUCCCUGCGUGACCCCAUUAGCGUCCUACGUUUCCGUCGAGGUCGACGUUCUGCCUGUUG